CUCAUCAAAUCAAAUGAUGCGUCAUCUUGGGUUGGUUGAUCUUAUCCUUCCCUUCCCAAAUGCCAUGAAUCUUGUGACACCAUCACCCCGAUGUCCUAUAAAUUCCCUCAUCAUAGGCCUUGAAAGGCAUUAGGUAUUGAUCAAAGAAAAGAGAAUCUCCUUGUAGUUUCUUGUUGUGUGCAAGAAGUAAGAGAGGAAUUAGCUUGGUAGCCAUGACAAAGACGCAGCCGCAACUAGUGGAGUCGGAGCCGGUGAAGAAGCUCCAACGCUUGCCACCAGUGUUUAGUCGUGUGUUGGAGCUUCCAUUCCCAAGGGAUACCAAUGUUCGUAAGCUCUUUACCACCAACGCUGACCUCUUUUUUGUGCCACAUGGUGUCGGUGGUGAACCUGAUGUUGUUAAGGUACACAUUGUGAGACUCGAGCGCUGGGAUAUGACUAGGGUGGUGGUGCACAUUGGACCUGGGGAGCCAGACUUAAGGAAUGAUCUAGUCUAUGACAAGUGGCGCUUCCCCCUAGCUGAGACAUCCAUUCUAUCGAUGGUUAUGGCAGGGUAUGUGAAUGGUCAACUCAUUGUGGUUGUGCCCAGGAUGGAUGCAAGCGGUGAUGGUGGGAAUGAGGGGAUCCCAAUGUGGCCCAACAUUGAUAAAAGAGGAGGAGGAGGAGGAGGAGGCGGCGGAUUCGGGCUUCUUGCUGGUGCAAGCUACAUUCCUACCAAGUAGCACCAUCAUUUGUGGUAACGGUGCAACUACUAUAGUAUACUAGUAGAGUUUUGCCAAUAAGGUCUUCCACCAAAUCCAUCUUUAUGCCCAAACUAAGUAGCACCCUCCACCAUCUUUGUUUUCUGGGUUUAAAGAUGGAUAGAACCCUCUUUUUUUUUGUUUGGUUUGGUUCAGAUCGUUUCAGUUCAUUAAAGUUUGGCCAAAAUAUCUAUGCUUGGUCCAGUCAGUGUCAUUGUAACAAUCAGUUGGUACCAUGGGCAAGCAAUGUGUAACAAAAAUAAUAAUAUAAGUUUGCAACUUCGAGCGUAAUCUCUUU